UCACACUCCACAAGGUAAAUCAAGUUUUAAGUGUACCUUGUGUCGUUGCCAUUGACAACUUGUCACGUGAUGAGGAAACGCGAACGCGCGCUGUUUAGUUCGAUGUAUGCGCGAAGUUAAGCAAAAUGUGAGAGAAUCCAACUUACAUUUUGCUCAAAUAUUGAUCGCUUGUGUACGUUUUGGGAUACGAAUAAUCGGAACACUAACAAUGCCCAACAACUACAAAAAAACAGAAGUGCGGAAACGCUAUGGAACAGGUGCUACCAAAUCUGCGUCAAAACAACAUACCAGUCAAACCAAAAAAGUCCUUUACAGAGUGGGCUACAACUGGAACAAGGGUGGAAGACUAAAGGAGCUAAGAAUAAGGCAUCUGGCAAGGAAGUUUCUGAAUAUAUGGAUACAGAAUACAUUUGGACGAGUUCUUCCUCACCAAGCACAAUCCCAUUACAAGGGAGUGAUUUUGAGGCGAACCUUUGAAGCAUGGAAAGAUGAGUGGUGGACAUCAAGGAGGGAGUGGAGUUUGAUGCUGCGUGCAGAGUGUCAUCACAGGUACUUCCAGUAUAACCAGAUAUUCAACGGAUGGAAAGAUUUUGUGAUUUUACAGAGAGAGAAGAAGAUUAAAAUCCAAAAUGCUCAAUUAUUUGCUGACAGACGGCGUUUGCUCCAUGCAUGGCAAAGCUGGGAGGAUUAUACAGAAAUGAGGAGAAUAAAGAAGCCAAACCUUGUCACGGCAGAUAAGCUCUACAAACAUUUAAUAAUGAAAUCUCUUUGGAGUAAAUGGACAACUAAACUGCAGUAUAUACAAUACCUAUAUGUGAUAGAAGAGGAAGCCCUCAAGCAGCAACGAUUCGCAAGACAGCAGAAGGUUUUGCUACAUUGGAGAGCCUUGUACACAAUUUCAUGUCAUAAUAGACUGAAUGAAUUAAAGGCCUCACAUCACAGCACCACCAGACUGAAGAGAAAAGCAUUUAAUCAAUGGAUAAUUUUUGUUUCCUGCCGUCACACUAAACACACAUUAAAAGUCUUAGCUCAGAACACCAAUCAUCUCCAACUUGUGAGGGUGUGCUGGACUAAAUGGUGUCAAGCGCUGUAUGAGAAAUGGAGUGAAGAGGUGCGUUUGGAGGCCGCUGGGCAUUUGGCUGUCAGGAUCUGUCAGCGCAGAGUCAUCAACCGUUGGAAAGCAUAUGUGAAGCUAUGUCACAAAAAAGCUGAAAGUCGCCAGAAAGUACAAGAGCAUUAUCAUCUUAACUUGCUGAGAACUGCUUUUGGUGAUUUGUCUCGCAAUGUUAAGUUAAAUAAAUCAAAACGACUUAACAACAAUAUGGCUGUCCAACAUUACCAUCAAACCAUUUUGGGCACAUAUUGGAGACUUUGGCAGGAGCGUCUUGAGCAAGCAGAAGAUAGGAGUUUUCAGCACCUCAUUGAGAAGGCUCAAAUCUUUUACAGAAUCUCCUUGUCAAGGACUUGUUUCAGCUUCUGGAAAGAGAGAUUGGCUGCAUUAAGACAUAUGCAGACUUUGGCAAAGCAUGCAGAUAAGUUGUUUGCCGAUCACAUAGUUCCACAUUGUUUUCAGUCAUGGUUUAACUUCACUCACAAGGAAAUGAUCCAAAAGCAAAGAAAAGUCAAGGCUGAGCAAUACAACAGACAGCGCCAGUACUCCUGGGUUUUUUACACCUGGUGGGGAUUGUCCGAAAAACACAAAGAGCAGAACAUGGCAGAACAAACGGCAAUAUUUCAUGAGGAACGAGGCCAAAUUCAAAAAGCCUGGACCUUCUGGAGGAAACGAACGGAAAUGAGGAUCAAGGAACAAAAUAAGCUGGACAUUUCAAAACAUCUGUACCAGCAAAGACUUCUGCAAAAGGCAUUGACACAGUGGAAGGACUACUGCGCCGCGUUAAGAUAUUUGAGAAACCGAGAGCUCCAAGCAUACCAUCAAGGUGACAUGUGCAUCCUGAGAUCAACUGUGAAAAAAUGGAAAAAGUUUGUCCAGGUGCAAAAAGUCAAAAAACAAAAAGCGGAGGAAAUGCAGGAGUACCAUGAAAUACAGCUUCUCAAACACUCCUUUACAGCAUGGAAGAAGCACAACCUCCAGAUGCACUUUAUACAUGCUCAAGCAGAUGAACUUUACAAGCAGCAAACACUCAAGUCCCUCAGAAGAGUGAUGGGAAUGUGGCAGGAGAAUGCAGCUGAUUCUGCCACGUUUAAAGUCAAGAAGCAAAUGUCUCGAAAUCACCACCGACAUGUGCUCCAACUUAAGGUGUUCAGUGCUUGGAAAGAAACGACAGCACAUGCAGUGGCCAAGCAUCACCAACAGAUGGCAGUAUUAAGCAGUGCACAGAAAUCCAUCAAUAAAGGACGAUUGCUGCAUUUCUUCAAAAAAUGGCACGUACGAACCAAAGAUUCUCAAACUGAGCGACUCCACUUGCAAAGAGCCAAGUGGCACCAUGACACCACUGUCCUCACUAAGGCCUUUAGAUCUUGGGGAACUCACCAUAACCAUUAUCAGAAAUAUAAGGUGAUGAAACGACAAGCCAGUUUGUUGCUGAGAUUGAAGAUAUGGCAGACCUUUUUUGAUCUGUGGAAAAUAAAGCUGCAGCACAGACGGAGGGAGGUGAAGCAGACUGAGCAUGCUCUCUGGCACUGGUCUCUCUCUCUUCAAGCCAAGGUGUUGAAUGCAUGGAGGCUGCAUCUGGCUGAACAACGCAGGGAGCGAGAGGAAGUGGCCCAAGUUGCUCAGUUUUACAGAGACAAGCUGCUCCGAGAGGGCGUAUCCUGUAUACUGACAUAUGCAGCUCGAAUGAAUGACCUGACCAGCAGUCUGACACUACACACACGAGAGCAACACACAAGACAUGUACAGAGAGUGGUUCGGCACUGUGCUCUGAAAUGGAAACAGAAAGCACUGAGUAAAAAAGAGAAAGAUCCAGAGGUCAAAGCUGAACAGGUCAAAAAGAGUGUUUCAUUCUUUCUGCCUGAAAUCAAAGAAGACUCACAGGAGGAAGAAGAUCACACACUCAUGAAGAUGCUGCCUCAAUGUCUGCCGCGGGACUCUAAGGAACUUCUUAAAUCUCCACUGGGAGCUGUGCUAUUGGAAAGCACUAAAUUGGAUGCAUCUGUUGCCAGUCUUGCAGUAGCUCCACAAUCACAAAACCUUAGUAGUUUUGGUGCUGCUACUGUCCUUCGUCAGAGCCCUAAUCAUGAGACUGGAUUUACCUCUGUUUCCGCUGAAGAAUCAACACAAAACCAGGAGAUUCUUCUACCUCCUUCAGCUUUCAUGACAACAAUCACUCCUGAAGAUCCUACUUUUGAACAAUCCAGUGAUCACUUGCUUCCUCCUACAAAUGCUGCCAAGAAUUCCAGAAGUGAUAUUGUCAUUGAUCCAGUAGCAGAGCUAACAAAUGAACUGUUGGUAAUUAAACAAGAUAUGACAAGUUACCAACAGGAAAAAAAACAGCUAGGGGGGUGGUGCAAGUUACGAGAUGUGCUUCAGACAUGGCUCCAGACCAGUGGACAGGAUAAUCACACUGAAAAAGAUUCAGUUUGUCAAGAAUUAGAAGAGUUGAAGAACAGUAUUGACCAGCUCACUACAAAACUGUCCAAACAGAGGCCCAGAAUACUGCAACAUGUUGAAUGGAUUCACCAUCUGCAGAUCACCCUUCAGUCAUCUUGCACCACCAACUCAAAAUGAUAUUUGUUAUAGACUUUUAAGGGACCUUUUUUAACAGUAAGAAGACAUAUCCCUUAAUUCAACAGAGAUUCUGUAGAAGAAAAUAUGUAAAUUUAAUAAAACUGCAAAGGUGGGCAGUCCUUGUGGCAGCUGCCGUUAAAUACUUUCCAUAUGUGUGCAAAAAGUUACUUGGUCUUACGCAAGAGUGUCUCAAUUUUCUUUGAACAAGUGCCUCGUGUAGCUCCAAACUGUGUGAAGUCUAUGGUGAAGAGUUUUGGGACCUGUUUUUGCUCUGUGCUUGUCUGUAGCAGCAAUGCAAGGAUUCUACCCACUUUUGCUUUUGACCAUCUUUCUUUCACACAUCUAUGCGAAGAAGAUGCGUUGGUGCACAGUUUCAGAGCCCGAGCAGAGGAAGUGUGCGGAGCUGGCUAAAGCCCUGGUUGCUGUG